AUGCUGCGGGCGUCGGCAAGCUCAAUCAAGCUGACGAGCCUGUAUGGGGCACCGACAGGGGAUACGUACCACCCGAGCGCGCCAUUCGCCAGCCUAGUUGAGGUCGAUGGUGUUCGUAUUCUACUGGACUGCGGAUGGAACGAUGAGUUUGAUGUCAGUUUUCUCGAUGCACUGUUGCCGUACUUGGGGGAUGUACAUGCCGUACUCUUUUCGACCCCUGAACUCGUCUCUUGUGGAGCACUCCCCUUCGUGAUGGAGCAUAUUCCACCUGGCACCUGCGUGGCGGCUGCAGGUUCCACGGCCAAGAUGGGCCUUCACGGUGUUCUGCAUCCAUUCCUCUACCUCUUCCCCAACACCAACACCUGGCAGUUGGAAAAAGGUACUGAGUUUGAGCUCACAGUGGAUAAGGUGUACAGUGCGUUUCGAAGCGUGACGGAGCCGUAUGGGGGCAAAGUCACAAUUCGCCAUCGCGAUGCGGAGGUGGAGUGUUAUCCUAUUUUUUCUGGCCGCAUGCUCGGGGGCCAUGGCUGGCUUAUUAAAUAUAAAAUUGACGAGCUUUUUUAUUGCCCCGAUUUCUCGCUAAAGCCCUCCUACGCACUUAAGCGCUUUGUGCCACCGACCACGCCAACUCUUCUUUUUAUUGACGGGUCACCACUGCAUCUAAGCGGUAAUACCGGACGCAAGUACGAGGAGCAGCUGAAUACUUUGAUUCGAGAGAUUUUAGGCACACUUCGUAACGGGAAGGAUGUCUUGAUUCCAGUUUCUGUUGUGGGACGUGGAUUGGAGAUACUCACGAUUGUUACGCACCUGCUUACAGAGAAGGGGGGUGACAAUUACACGGUUGUUUUCGCCUCCGUACAGGCGGCCGAGUUAGUGGCGAAGGCGAGCACCAUGACCGAGGCCCUCGUUGACGAGAUAAUUCUCAGUGAGCGGCAAUUAUUUGCCAAUGUGGUGACCUGCAAAACGGCAGAGGAAGCGUUGAGUGUAGCUGGACCGAAGAUCUGCAUUGCUGACGGUGAGACCCUGGAUUACGGGGUGUCGGCGGAGCUUCUAGAGCACUUUCUACAAUCGGACGCCGACGAGAGAGAGAACUUGAUUGUGCUGCCAGGAACACCAAAGCCACAUACAAAUGCCUUUACCGUGGCUGCCGCAAAUAAAGGGGAUCUUAUUAAUUUGCGUUACACGAGUCGCUCGCCACUUGGGAAGGAGGAAUUGGAGGAGUAUUACCUUCAGCUUGAGUUGGAGUUGGAGGAGCAGCGGAAGACGCUGGAGGGCGGCGCGUAUGAGGUGGCUUCGCUGGAGGAUGAUGCUAGCGAUGACGAGGAGGUUGCCGGUCGCGAGGAGGAAAAACAAACGGGGAAGACACAACAGUGCACACCUGGUCUUGUUCUUCCCUCUUAUAUGAGUUUUGUCUCCAAACAUCUUCAGUUUCCUAUUCUGGAGACGGCAGCGUCAUUAAAUAAUGCCGUGAUUAAAAAGCUGGAUUACUCCUACGGUAUUCCUAUUAGCGAGGAACUGCAGGUGCUUAUGCGUCGAAAGGCCCCCGCGCGGGUUUACAGUGACGAGGGGCCCGAAGGCAUUCAAAUGCAUAAUGAUGCCCAGGCUGAGGCGAAUAUUCCGUCAAAGACGUUUGCAAAUACGGUUGUGGCACGCAAAAAUUCACGCGUGUUCAUGACUGACCUUUCGGGUUUUGCAGAUACCGCUACCAUGCGGAGUCUCUUAAAGUCGCGUUUCAGCUUUGCAAAAAAGAUUGUGCUGAUUCGUGGGACUGUCGAUGACUAUCGUGCGUUGUAUCAGUUUUGUCGUUCGGAGAAGGUCAUGAAGUGCGGGGAGAAUGUGUUUCUUCCGAGGACGCAAGGGGCCCACUUGGAGCUCGCCACGCACGUGUACUCGUAUGAUGUGCAGUUGAACCCAACGUUAGCUAACGCACUUCCCUCUGCUCUACGGCGCGUGAAGGAGUCCGGGUCAGAUGGCUCGUGGGAUGUGGGGUGGGUGGAUGGCGCUCUGGAGAGUUCGUUUGCCUCCCCGGCUCCGGCGAACGACGAGAGGCCGCCGACAAAGCGACUGCGAACCGAGGGAGGCGAUGGUGACAUGCAAGACAUUGUCUUGACCCUGGCUCCUCUCACCAGCGAGAAGGCAGAGGAGUGUGCUCGGGCGCGGGAACGGCGGGGAAUGCAACGCGGCCUAUUUUACGUUGGCGAGGUGGACUUGCACAGACUUCGUGAUGUAGCACGAAGCGAGAUGGGCCUUCGUGGCGAGUUCCAUAAAAAUGCGCCUAUGCUCGUCUUUGAUGCGGGGACGUGUGUUCGCAAGAGCGCCAAUGGGAAUUUUUCAUUGUCCUCGAUGGUGUCGCCAUCUGUCUUUGCACUUCGAAAGGCCGUCUACGGUCAGUUUUCUCAGACACUCUAG